AGGGGUGCGAAGUUAAAUCAUUGAACCAACAAAAUUUAUUAAAAAUCUUUAUUUCAUAAUAUUUCAUCAUGACAGUGAUUGGUUACAAUGGUAAGGAACAGUCGAAAUGUGCAUUUAGUAGCGCUGUCGUCGUUGCGUAGCGAAGGAAUCACCGUAUACAAUUUGCGCGGGAAAGUAUCCGAGAAAGUAUUUUAUCAGUGGACAAUUAACCGACCGUGCAAUGUUUUUACGUCUCUAGUUAAUUUUCUAAACUUUUCACAUAAUUUAUGAUAUUUGUUGUUGUUUUCUUUUGUUAAAAUUAUUUAAUUGAAAAAGUUUUGUAAAGUGAUAUUUUUAACUAUUUGGAUAAACUUCAGUUUUUAAUUCUUCUAACACUUCAGUAAUUUCAGCUAAAUCUGUAGCUACAUUAUUAACAAAAAUGGUAAAUUCGCCUUCCAAAUUAUAUAAACGGCCAUUUACAGUAUGUAUAGAAGGAAACAUAGGAAGUGGUAAAACAACAUUUCUUAGUCAUUUUAAAAAAUAUGAUAACACAACAGUUUUAGAGGAACCAGUAGAACUUUGGCGAGAUGUUGCUGGAACGAAUUUAUUAGAACUAAUGUACACUGAUCCUUCACGUUAUGCCUUUUUAUUUCAAUCUUAUGUGCAAUUAACUAUGCUUCAACUUCAUACAUAUAAAACACCAUUUCCUUAUAAAAUUAUGGAAAGAUCCGUCUACAGUGCGAGAUGUUUUAUAGAAAAUAUGAAGCGUACAAAAAUGUUGCGUGAUAUAGAAGUAGUGGUUUUGGAGGAUUGGUAUGACUGGUGCAUAAAAAGCGCUAGUAUAGAAACAGAUUUAAUAGUAUAUUUAAGAACAUCUCCAGAAAUUGUAUAUCAGAGGAUGAAGGCAAGAGCAAGAAAGGAAGAAAAUUUUGUAUCAUUAGAGUAUUUAAAACAGAUUCAUGAUAUUCACGAUGAAUGGCUUUAUCAUCGAACAUUAUUUAAUGUACCUGCACCAGUCCUAGUAUUAGAUGGAAAUAAAAGUUUGGAAGGAAUGUUAGUAGAGUUUGAAAAUUGUACAAAGCAGAUUUUUGGUAAGGCAGUGAAAAAUGAAGCAAAAAAUGUAAUUGCGUUAUCACCGACAAAGUCUAUAACAUAAGUUGCAGUAGGUGUAUAAAAAUGAUAAGUACAGUGUUACUCAACAAGA